AUGUAUAGCAAUGAGGAAAAAACGGAGGUUCAGAGCCGUCCAACGAACCCUACUCUGAUAUCACGAAUUCAGGACCUGAAAAAACUUCCUGAAAAUAACAAUUGUUCCGAUUGUAAAUCGAAAUAUGUGACUCAUGUGUCCUGUUCAAUAGGAAUAUUUUUAUGUGCUCAAUGUGCAAAAUUCCAUGAACAACUCAAACCUGGUUUAAAUAGAGUCAUGCCAAUAACUUCAAACGAUUUCACAGAGCUUGAUAUCAAGCUUAUCCAAGAUAUUGGUAACAAAAUAAGUAACAGUACAUAUGAAAGAAAGAUGCCUCCUUGUUAUCGAAGACCUACAUAUAAUGAUCCCAUUGUAAUGAUGGAACAGUGGAUUUGUGCGAAAUAUGAGCGCAAAGAAUUUAUGGAGGGCAUGCCACUGCCUGAUUACCUGGCUCGCACCAAGGAAGGGUACUUGUGGAAACGAGGUAAAGACAACAAACAGUUCAAAAUUAGAAAGUUUAUCCUUUGCAAACAAACAAAAACUUUAAAAUAUUUUACAAAAGAAGGGGCAAACAUACCUCCCAAAGCUGAACUGAGUCUUGACACCAUCGAUGCAUUUAUUGUGCCCGAAAAAAUUGGACAUUCUAAUGGGAUGCAGAUCGUGUAUGAAUCAAAAGGAUUUACCCGUUCACUCUAUGUUUAUUCUGAAACUUCCGAAGAAUUGAUCAGUUGGUAUGCGUCAAUAUAUGCAGCCAAGUUACAAUGGCAACAAAUUGCUUUUCCCUGCACUCGUGUGGAAGAGUUAUGCCUGGAUUUAUGGCCCCAAAUUGUAAAAGAAGGAUGGUUAAUGAAAUGUGGACCAAGAAGGAACGAUAAUUUUUACAAAAGGUGGGUGUGCCUUGUCAAUAGAAAGUUACUUUACUACCUGGAUAGUCUAGAUGCAUUUCCGAAAGGGGAGGUCUUCAUUGGUUCAAAACAUUCAGGAUGUUAUGAAGUCACCAUUGAGGAAUCCACUGAAGGGGAUUCUUGUAAAGUUUUGCCAAGAAAUGACAGUGCUUUUAGUUUAGAUGGUGGAUUCAUGUUUUUUGUGAGAACUCCACAGAGGUUGUUUACAUUUCAGGCUGAAAGUGCAGAAUCCAGGAAAGAAUGGGUGGAUGCUCUGCUGGCUGUCAUUGAAAAGCCAUUAACACCUUUUGAGCAAAGUUAA